CCAGCCGAGAGUCUCCUGCCGCGUCCAGCACUCCGUCCGCAGCCAUGCUCUCUCUCAUCUCCAUCGUCAACGGCGCCCCCGUCCCGGCGGCCAGCACGCGCUCCAACGCUCGCGCUCUCGCCGGAUGGCAGGCGUACAUGAACCAAGGCAUCGAGACGGGCGCCGCCUACGCCAACGCCGGUGCCUCCGGCGACGACGUCUUACUCCAAGACCUCAACGCAGAGACGGCCGACAAGUUUGAUGGCCUGAACAGCGGCAAGACGACGGCCGGGUCGCCCGCUAUCAUCGCCGACGGCCAGCUCAGCGACGGCAUCCUCACGGCAGUCAACCAGCUCACGUCGGCGCUCGGCUCCCCGGCCUCCUCGCCAUCCUCAGCCGCCGCCGCCGUGGACGAGAAGGCCUCCGAGCCGCCGCACGGCGCGAGCUGGCAGGACUACAUGAUGCAGGGCAUCCAGACCGGCAUCGAGUUUGCCAACUCGGGCGCCGGCGUCGCCUCCGGCACCACCGACCCGUCCACCGACUUUGGCGCCCUCUCGGCGCAGACCGCCGACCACUUCGACGCGCUGAACCACAAGGGCGGUGCGGCGGCGGCGCCGGCGAAGGAGGCGGGCGGGCAGCGGCGCAAGCUCACCGCCGGGUGGCAGAGCUACAUGAACCAAGGCAUCGCCACCGGCGUCCAGUACGCGGGCGCGGGCGCCGGCGUUGCCGCCGGCACUACUGACCCGUCGACCGGCUUCAACGGCAUCAACGCCGAGACCGCCGAUCAGUUUGACGCGCUGAACCGCAAGGGCGAGGCGAUCGAGGUGGCCGAGGCCGAGGCCGAGGCCUCCCCGGAUGCCGCCACGCCGGCCGUCGGAGCCUCCGACGCGCUCAGCGGCGGCAUCCUCGCGGCCGCCAACCAGUUCGCCUCUGCGCUCGGCUCGGGCGCCUCCUCCGCCACCUCCGCCUCGCCCGCCGCCGCCUCUCCCGCCUCUGCCGACGCGUCCGCCUCCGAGCCGCCGCACGGCGCGAGCUGGCAGGACUACAUGAUGCAGGGCAUCCAGACCGGCAUCGAGUUUGCCAGCGCGGGCGCCGGCGUCGCCUCCGGCACCACCGACCCGUCCACCGACUUUGGCGCCCUCUCGGCGCAGACCGCCGACCACUUCGACGCGCUGAACCACAAGGGCGGCGCGGCGGCGGAGGAUGCAGCACCGCCCGCGGAGAAGCAGGCGGAGUGGUCGCCGAGCGGCACGUACAACUACGGCGGCGCGGCCUACGGGCAGCCCUACCAGCAGGGCUACCCGCAGUACCAGCAGCAGGGGGGCUACCAGGCUGGCGCGCAGGGCUGGGGGCAGCCGCAGCAAGCGCAGGCCGCCGCCUCGGCCGGCGCCGCCGCCGAGAAGAAGCCCUACGUGCCCAAGAGCGAGCUGGGCAAGGCGGUUGGCCGCCUCUCGGUGGCCCUGCCCAACGCCAUCCUCGGCGGGCUCACCGGCGCGCUCACGGGCGGCAUCCAGACGGUGGCGGACACGGCGGGCGUGCAGGUCCCCCCGCCCCCGGCCGCCGUGCACCCGAGCGACGUUGCGCAGAGCAGCCAGGCAGCACCCGCAGCAGCCGGCCAGAACGACGGGUGGGGCGAGGCUGCGGCCGCUGAGCCCGCCGCAGCUGCCGAGGACGAGUGGGACAGGGCGUGAGUUCCUCGCGGAGGAUCUCUUCAGGCAGCCGUCUUAGGCUAGCCGCUCUUUACGCACUUCGGAGACGGAGUCUCUCUGUUGGUUGCGCGGCAGCGCGGGCGGGAGAAGAGCGUCUUCGUGCGUCACACAGACAUUGAUGUGAUGCUUUGCAUAGUACGAACCCAUAUGUCAUAUCAAGAUCACAGUUAUAUACCUAACACACUUCCUCUUCCCUUCUUUUCACA